AACAGCCUCUCUCAUGGAUUCUUAGCACAGCUUAGCCGCGUAGUUAGCAGAGUGCUGACUAAUUCUAAUGAAUUAAAACGCUCUUUUAAAUUAGGAGCUCAGUCAGACUGCCGUUAUAGUUUGAGCUACAUUAGUAGCGAGCAAACAUAUAAAAACAAAUAUUAUGGCUGUCGUUAUGUUUCAGGCCGCUAUGACGAGCUUACUGUAUGUCUAAUAAGCUUGCUGGUUUUUGAAUCACGCAUUAUUUCUACCCCAAGCUACUGUGAACCGCAAUGCACAGAAUUACCUGUAUGAUUUAUAUUAACUUGACAUCUGCUAGUAUGCUAAAGGUGCAGUCAAAUGUCUCAUUCAGAGAGGGAAAAAAAGGAUGAUCUUGAAAAAGAUUUAACCAAAAAUCAUAGGCCAACAUGCCUCAAAGGAAGAGAGCCCUUGUUCCCAUUGGUACACGUAGAAGAGUUAAAGUUGAUGAAGUUUACUUGCCCUUUAAUUCACUACCUGUGGAAUGUCAGCUCUAUGUGCUCUCUUUCCUUAGUGAGGUGGACAAGUGCAACUGUGCACUGGUGUGUGUAAGCUGGAGUUGCUUAGCACGCUCUGGAAAACUCUGGAGAGUUGCAGACUAUUCUCGCCGUGGUGUUUUUCACCUCGGCCAGGAAGGUCAGCUUGUUUCCAACAGAGAGUUUGAGCGCUGGAAAUCUUGGGUACACCAUUACACUCAUCAUCUUAUAUCUCGUGGGGCCAGUUUGCUUACACUUAAGGCAAGUUUUGAUUUGGGGGACCAGUGCAAUAAAUGGGGAGAGCUACUUUCACACCUGCUGGAGAAUAUCCAUUGCCGAGAUCUCUGUCAUUUAGAUUUAAAUUGGACAUUCACUCUACUGGAGCCCCUAGACCUCUGUGUCCACACCAGUUCUAGUUCUCAUCAAGACAACAUUACCAAGAUGGACCAAGUCAAUAACUUCCAGAUUCUUCUUUCCAAACUUGUCCACAGCUGUCCCAGGAUAGCCAAAAUGCGUCUGCACUUCGACUGGUCUGAAACAUCAGUUGCGUUGAUUACCCAAUUUCAACACCUCCGUAUUUUAGAACUGAAGUACUUUUGGGUUUUUAAAGGUGUCAGCCCAAACACUUUACAGUCACUGACUAAAUCGCUGCCUAAUCUUAAAUCCCUCACUCUCCAUGUUCUUGUGCCACUGCGGAACAUGGGCAUCUCAUACACCCUUGAAUCCCUUUCUCUUGAGUUCUUGGAUGUGUCACCCAGUCGUGGUCUGGUCUUCUCCUGCCUCAACCUCCCAGUACUGAGAGAGCUGCGGGCAAAGAAGAUUGUACGGGGCAUAACUCUGGACCGCCGAACCAGACUCCGGAUACAGAGCCGAUGGCCUUGUCUGUAUCAAGUCUUACGUGAUGGGACACCCAAUCUACAGGCCCUUAACAAUGAAAGACUUCUUCCCAACUGGAAAGAGCAAAGUUACAGAGAGCUGACCUCAAUCCUCCAGCAGUCUUGUUACUGCCUUCAGCAUUUAGACAGCUGGCUCUGGUGAAACCAAGUCUUGAAACAUUUUAUGGUCUUAAGAGACAGCCUCAUCCUGACUGCAGGGUUGACAUGAAGAAAUUCAGAAAUAUCAGAUAACCAUGAGCAUCUUUUCUAAUUAAAAAUACUUAGAGCUGGAAUCUAAUUAUGCACUAGCUUCCCCUUGCCAGCAACACCGGGGUAAUUUAAUUACAUUUAAAAAUUACAUUUUUUUUUUUUUUAACCUUUAAAAAUUAUGCCUAAAAAGAAAACUAUGUUACAGUUUUGGCUUGUGUAGUGCUAUUAUGGUUUAAAUGAAGAGAUUUUCCAAACAGAAGGCCUUACAGACUUGUGUGCGUUUUAAGGAGCUUAGUUCAAUUCUGGAAAAUUAUUUUAUUGUGCAAAAGAAGCCAGCUCUGGGGAGGAUAAAGCGGAUUGCAGCAAGCAUGUGUUGAUCACAUUGACAAGAACUCUUAUUCCUUACAUCAUUUGAGUCCUUUUGCAUUUAAGUAGGAAUAAUCAACCAGUAGAUUUUUUUUUUUUUUUCCUAAAGCAUUUCUUAUAUUUGAUCAUUUUCCUUUCUAUAUUUCAGGCUGUGCUCAAAAUUUUAUUUUUCAGACAAUUUUGCAGCAGUCAAACCUUAUUUUUAAUCUGUUUUUCUUUCAAACUGGAAUUUAAGUAGAAGGGUUUUAUUUGUAUUAAGCCUAAUGAUUGAGUAUUUUAAGGAUAUUCACACAGGUGAGAAUAUGUAUUGCGUUGCAUUGUUAUUUUAUCCAUCUUUGAAGAAAAUCUCUUAAAUGUUUUAAUUAAAGGCAUAACAGUCUUUUAGUUUAAAGCCUUCAAAAGUAUUGAGAGUAAAACCUUGUCAGUACUUCAAAUGAAAUGUUGAGACCAAUAAAUAAGCCAACAUUGAAAUGUGCAGCAUUGUGUGCCAAGCAUUAAAAGAAUAUUCUGGGUUCAAUGAAAGUUAAUCUCAAUCAACAGCAUUUGUGGCAUAAUAUUGAUUACCACAAAAAAGUAUUUUGACUGGUUCCUCCCCUCCACAAAACUGAGGCACUUUCAAUGGAAAUAAAUGAGGGCCAAUCUGUUACUUUAAAGUACUCACUAUUUCAAAAGAAUAGCCACAAGAUGUAAAAAAAUAUGUUUGUUAACAUGAUUUUAGUGUUAUAAAUCGCUUAUUAACCAUUUCUGUGUAAAGUUAUAACCAAUUUUGCAAUUUCGAUGGCGAAAUUGGCGAUGUAAAGUCAACAACCCCUAAAAUUACUUAAAAAAUUAUGAUUCAAACAACUUUACAUCUCAAGUAAUACAUGAGUUUUAACAGAAGAAUUAAUGUAAGUGCUUUUAAGUUUCAAAUUUCUGAAUUUAAACCCUCCAAAAUUUGGCCCAUUCAAUUCCAUUUUAAGUGUCUCACUGGAAUUCCAAUUUUUGCUUUUUUAAAGAAACCGAGUGAUAUGUUUUUUGUGGUAAUCAACAUUGUGCCACAAAUGCUGUCGAUUGAGCUUAACUUGUAUUGAACCCGGAAUAUUCCUUUAAUAGAAUAUUUUAAAAAGUGGACUUUAAAGACAGUGUGCCUUCAAUAAAUUGUCAUCAAGAUUGUAUUUCAAUUUAUGAAAUGUUAAUAUUGCCUUUAGCUGUAAUAACUAAUAGACCAAGUCAUAUAAUUAAUUUAAUGUGGAUAAAAGAAACUUGUGAUGAUCUGCAGUUGCAUUUAAUUGUGAACAAUAUUACCCAAUGGAUGAAAUGUGUGCAGUACCCCUUGCUUGUCCACAGGAGGUCACAAUACUCUUUCCUUCCUCAACUGAUCUGUUCCUUUCAUGCCAGUCCUUAAUACUAUUAAGUUUUCUGUUUUCAGCAGUGGUGCUGUGAUGAAAUAAUUCUGUGUACUGACUGGAAUUGGAACUGCUGGAAUAAAUUGAUAUGAUUUAUUCAUUUAUUAAAGUAAAACUUAUGGCCAUAUAUUUGUAGUGUGGACAAAUUGCCCAUUAUGUCUUUCAAUGUUCUGUCACAGUGUUAAUGUCACUGUUACUUGUAAAUUAUAUCUAAAUUAUUUUAUGCUGACAUGAAUCAUUUAAGGUAACGGACUGAGUAAUAAUAUAUUUGCCUAAGCAGAUAGUUUGCGUUCUAGUCUAGUUGCUUAAAGCCUUUCUUAAUCCAGAACUGAAGAAUAGGUUUCAUAAAAUGUUUGUUAUUUUAUUUCUGUCAGUUGAAAACAACCAUGACAGGUAAAAACCAAUAAGAAGCCAAUCUUGGAUAGAUUAAGCUUACAUUUUCUAUACCAUUAACUUUUUCGAGGAUAAGAAGUAUGUAAUAUUUGUAAACAUUUAAGGAACGUUUAAAUAAAUGUUUACUGUUCAAUGACAAUAAAGAUAACUGGCAUUGCUGAUUAUACA